AUGAUGGACUUGCAAUCAAUACAACCACCAAAUGAAUGGUCACAAUUUUUCAAAAGAUUAAGCAAAAUAUUUUUUCAAAUUAAUACUCAUUUAACUUUUUUAUCUUCUCAUGGUAGGUCAAUUAUUCCAUCAUUGGAAUUAAUACAAAAAUUAAAUUCAUCAAUUACUAUAACCGAUUUAGUCGCUUUUAAGUAUAUUUUACCCCACGAUGAAAUUUUUUUAGAUUAUGUUGAUGAAAAUCAAAUUAUGCUAUCAUUUUUAGAACAAGUUAAAGUUAGUCAUAAAGGUUAUCAACAAACAGAAGUUGUUGAAAAAUAUGAUGAAUUAAAUAAAAAAUCGAAAUUAAUUUUAAUAUUUGAUUUUCAAGAUGUUAAAUUACAUGGUAUCGGUUUGGUUACUAAAAGUAGUAGACAUAAAAAACAGAAAUUAAAUGAUGAUGAUGAUUUUGAAACAAAUAAACGACUGGGUUUUUUUUUGCAAAAUAAAAUUUUUCAAAUUAAUCCGUUAAAUCAAAGUCAAUUAACUGGAGUUAUAAGGAGUAGAAAUAAUAAAUUUAUUACAUUAUUAACUAAAUUUAUUGAAAAAUAUGGAGAUUUAGCUCAAGAGAAAUUAUUAGCAAAAUGUGAAAAAUUAAUACCUAAAAAACCAGAUAAUAGUGAUAUAAUGGAUGUAUUAACUGGAAAGAAAAGUGUUACUCCUGAUGUAAAAGAGUUGGUUUCUUCAGAUGAUAUGAUACAAGUGUUGAAGGAGUCUAAAUUUUAUAAUGAUCAAAUUACUGCAAUACGAACAUUAAAUGAAACAACACCAGCACAAUAUCAACAAUUAUCAUCAACUACAUUACAACUGAUACAUCCAGAUUUAAAAGAAAUGUUGCUACAGGUUAAAGGUAUAUCUAUAGAUGAAGGUUUAUAUACACAUCAAGCAAGUGCGUUAGAAACUGUAUUAAAUUCGACCGAUAAAAAUCAUGUUAUUGUAUCUACUUCAACAGCAUCUGGUAAAUCAUUGAUAUAUCAAAUUCCAAUAUUAAAUUCAAUAUUAUGGGAUAUUACAAACGGUCUUGAAGGUCGUAACUCGACUGCAUUUUUUAUAUUCCCUACAAAGGCAUUAGCUCAGGAUCAAAUGAGACAUUUUCAAGAAUUUAUAGAUAGAUUACCUACAAGUUUCGAUAGACCAAUUAAGAUAAAUACUUAUGAUGGUGAUGUUCCAUUUGAUGAACGUACUAAAAUUUCAAAAGAAGCAGAUAUAAUUUUUACAAAUCCAGAUACAUUACAUGCAUCAAUUUUACCAGGUAACAAGUAUAGUUCGUGGGCUGAAUUUUUGAAAAAUCUAAAAUAUGUGGUUGUUGAUGAAUUACAUAUAUAUAAAUCUAAUUUUGGAAUCAAUGUAGGUUAUGUAAUGGGUAGAUUAUCAAGGAUAAAGAAAAGGUUCACUCCUGAUGAGAAUCUUCGAUUUAUUUCAUGUUCCGCAACUAUACAAAAUCCGACACAACAUUUUAAAACAAUUUGCUCAAUACCUGAUGAUCACACAAUUAUACAUAUAGAUGAAGAUGGAUCACCAAGAUGUGAAAAGAAAUUAGUUGUAUGGAACCCUCCCACUUUAAUGAAUAAAAGAGGUGAAGCAGAUGGAUUAAAUAAAUUUACUCCAAGAGUUGGAUCAAUUUCAGAAUGUGCAAAGAUAUUAUUAACACUAAUCUCAAAAAUUCCAACUAUUAAAAUAAUCAUCUUUUGUCCUGUUCGUGUCGUUUGUGAAAUGUUAAUGAGAGAGAUUAGACACUUGUUGAAAAAUUCCUAUUUUUCAAAAGCUGGAAUUGAUCAAAGUGAUAUUAUGUCUUAUCGUGGUGGUUAUUCAAAAUCAGAUAGACGAAUAAUUGAGAAAAAAAUGUUUGAUGGUCAAUUAAAGGCAAUUAUUGCAACCAAUGCAUUAGAAUUGGGUAUUGAUUUAUCUGACUUAGAUGUUGUUAUAUCUUGUGGUUUUCCCAUCUCAAAAUCAAAUCUACAUCAACAAUUUGGUAGAGCAGGAAGGGGUAGAAAUGCAAAAGGUAGUUUAGCUAUGUUUGUAGCUUCAAAAAAUCCACUUGAUCAAUAUUAUCUUGAAAAUGUGAAUGAGUUGGUCGAUACUACUUAUGAAGAUUUAUGUGUUGAGGGAUUAAAAGAUUUAGAUCAUACUUCAUUAAUAUUGGAGAAACAUUUACAAUGUGCAGCUUACGAGGAUCCAGUAGAUGCAGAGUUAGAUUAUCCAUAUUUAUCAUCAUCUUCAUUUGAAAAAUUUAAACAAAUUUUGAACGAGAAAUUGUUAUUGGACAUAGAUGGAAAAUAUAAACCACAUCCUAAGUAUUUACCAAAACCAAGUAAUCAUGUUUCGAUAAGACAAAUGGAUGAGACUUUAAUUGCAUUAGUUGAUAUCACAAAUAAAAAAAACUUAGUCAUUGAAGAAUUAGAAUUACUGAGAUCUACAUUUACAGUAUAUGAAGGUGGGAUAUUUAUACAUCAAGGACAAUCUUAUUUAGUUAAAGAAUUUAAUCAUCAACAGAAAUAUGCUAAACUAGAAAGAGUCGAUGUUGAUUGGACAACCAGACAAAGAGAUUAUUCCGAUGUGGAUCCUGAAGAAGUUGAAUAUGUAAAACCAUUAUAUCCCGUCACUUCAAAUAAACCGUUAGAUAUUCCGAGUUUUUAUGGAGCGGUUAAAAUUACAUCUAAAGUAUUUGGAUUUUUUAAAGUUAAUAGAAAAGCAGAAAUUAUAGAAGUGGUAGAAACUAAAAAUCCAACAAUUACAUCAUUUUCAAAAGGGUGUUGGAUAAAUAUACCAGAUGAUGCAUUGGAAAUAAUUAAAAAUAAAGGAUUGUCAAUUGCCGCUGGUGUUCAUGGGGCAGCACAUGCAAUUACUAAUAUAUUACCAGUAUUCAUAAAUGGUGUAGAAGCUGGAUCACAACAUAGAUUAAUUCCAGAUGUUGAAAUAGAAACUGAAUGUAAAUCCCCCGAGAAGGAAUUUUCAAAAACUGAAUCGAAAAGAAAAAGACCAGGGAGGUUGAUAUUUUAUGAUACAAAAGGUAAAGAAAGUGGUAAUGGAUUAUCUUAUAAAUGUUUUGAAUGUAUUGAUGAGAUUUUAGCAGCUACUUUCAAAAGAGUUUGGAAUUGUAAAUGUAAAUGGGGUUGUCCAUUAUGUAUUAUAAGUAACAAAUGUAAAGAAAUGAGUGCUGUUAUGUCAAGACCAUCAGCUUUAUUAAUACUUGCCUCAUUUAUGAACAAAGAUUUAGUAGAAGUUGCUAAAGAAUUACCUGAUGGCCCUGAACCAAAUAUGCCUAAAAUUGCAUUUGAUUCAAUUGAAGAAGCUUCCUCAACUGUUAGAUUUUCACCAAAUGUUAAAAUAUUAAAUAUUGUACGAGAAUAA